AGCAAAGGCAGCGUUCGCCGCCCCUCAGCCCGGUCCCUGCGCCGCCGCCGCCUGCGUUUCGGUUUGUGAGCAGGCCCGGCCCGGCCGGGAGCGAAAGCGAGACCGUGGAGCAGUCGCCGCCACAGUCGCCAGGGCCGGGGAAGGCGGGCGAUGCCCCCAACCGCCGCUCGGGCCAUGUCCGAGGGGCGCGCGUGUUGUCGCCGCCGGGGCGCCGCGCCCACCUGUCGUCCCCCGGGCCCAGCAGCUCGUCCGAGGCUCGCGAGGAGCUGCGCCGCCGCCUCCGGGAGCUCAUUGAGCGCAGCCGGGUGAUGAUCUUCAGCAAGAGCUACUGUCCCCACAGUACUCGGGUGAAAGAACUCUUUUCUUCUUUGGGAGUCGAAUGUAACGUCUUGGAACUUGAUCAAGUUGAUGAUGGGGCCAAGAUUCAAGAAGUGCUGUCAGAAAUCACUAAUCAGAAAACUGUGCCCAAUGUUUUUGUGAAUAAAGUGCAUGUAGGUGGAUGUGACCAAACUUUCCAGGCAUAUCAGAGUGGUUUGUUACAGAAGCUCCUUGAGGAAGAGUCAGCAUAUGAUUAUGAUCUCAUCAUUGUUGGUGGUGGUUCUGGCGGCCUUUCAUGUGCGAAGGAAGCUGCCAUUUUGGGAAAGAAAGUUAUGGUGCUAGACUUUGUUGUCCCGUCACCUCAGGGCACAUCCUGGGGUCUUGGUGGCACUUGUGUAAAUGUAGGUUGUAUUCCUAAGAAAUUGAUGCAUCAGGCUGCCCUUUUGGGGCAGGCAUUAUGUGACUCAAGGAAAUUUGGCUGGGAGUAUGAUCAACAAGUGAAGCACAACUGGGAGACGAUGACAAAAGCGAUUCAGAACCACAUCAGCUCUCUAAACUGGGGCUACAGGUUGUCUCUGAGGGAAAAGGCUGUGGCCUAUGUCAAUUCCUAUGGAGAAUUUGUUGAACAUCAUAAAAUAAAGGCGACCAAUAAAAAAGGACAGGAGACUUAUUAUACUGCUGCACAGUUUGUCAUAGCAACGGGUGAAAGGCCACGAUAUUUAGGAAUCCAAGGAGAUAAAGAAUACUGUAUUACUAGUGAUGACCUUUUUUCUCUGCCUUACUGCCCUGGCAAAACAUUAGUGGUGGGUGCCUCUUAUGUCGCCCUGGAGUGUGCAGGAUUUCUGGCUGGCUUUGGCCUAGAUGUCACAGUUAUGGUACGCUCAAUCCUUCUCCGUGGCUUCGACCAAGAAAUGGCAGAAAAAGUGGGUUCCUACAUGGAGCAGCAUGGUGUGAAGUUCUUACGGAAAUUCAUACCUGUGAUGAUUCAACAGUUGGAGAAAGGUUCACCUGGAAAGCUGAAAGUAUUGGCUAAAUCCACGGAAGGAACAGAAACAAUUGAAGGAGUCUAUAACACAGUUUUGUUAGCUAUUGGUCGUGACUCCUGUACAAGGAAAAUAGGCUUGGAGAAGAUUGGUGUCAAAAUUAAUGAGAAAAGUGGAAAAAUACCUGUAAAUGAUGUGGAACAGACCAGUGUGCCAUAUGUCUAUGCUGUUGGGGAUAUUUUGGAGGGUAGGCCAGAGCUCACUCCUGUUGCCAUACAGUCAGGCAAGCUGCUAGCUCGGAGACUUUUUGGGGCCUCUUUAGAAAAGAUAUAUCAUACUUUGUUCUGGCCUCUUGAAUGGACAGUAGCUGGCAGAGAGAACAACACUUGUUACGCAAAGAUAAUCUGCAAUAAAUUAGACCAUGAUCGGGUGAUAGGAUUUCAUAUUCUUGGACCAAACGCCGGUGAGGUUACCCAAGGAUUUGCAGCUGCGAUGAAAUGUGGGCUCACAAAACAGCUACUUGAUGACACCAUUGGAAUUCACCCCACAUGUGGGGAGGUGUUCACGACUUUGGAAAUCACAAAGUCGUCGGGACUAGACAUCACUCAGAAAGGCUGCUGAGGCUAGGCCUGCUGCUGUUUAGUUCUCCUUGUCAUGUUCUCAUUUCUCUCAAAGAUAAGAACACUCUUGGAUAACAUGAAUCUGUGCUCAUGACAGCUGCUCUGUUACUCAGGGACCAGUGCAGGGCUGCCUUACAACACUGAGAUGAGAAAGUAGACAAGGAGACAGGACAGCAGUGGGCAUCUGCCUUGUAGUCUCGCUGACUGCGAGAAGCAGUGGGACUGCUUCCUUGACGCCUUAGCUUGGAGCCCUGUUGUGAGGUGAGCCAAGGCCGACUCUCGCAAGCCAGGAUUGAGCUUCCCUUGGAAAGACCUUUGAGUGGCACCAUUAACCUAAGUUAGCUUUUCUGGUCGCCAUUG